AUGAGAGUGCUAUGGUUGGCCGCCGUCGGCCUGCUGUCCUCGGCGACAGCAUACAAGACGGACCAAUACCGCUCUGAGUUCCCCGAUUCCCUCUCGUCAUCAGCGCCCUUCUCCAUCUACGGCGACCGGCCAGACGAUUGCCCGCCGUGCUUCAACUGCAAUCUAGACCAGUUCCAGUGCCACCAGUAUGCCAACUGCACAAAGUCAAGCGGCAAAUGCGCUUGUCCCUCAGGCUUCGGUGGUGAGGACUGCUCGCAACCGCUGUGCGGCUCUCUUGCCGACGGAAACAACAGACUGCCACGCCAGGGCCACGAUUGCGAGUGUAAAGAAGGCUGGGAGGGCAUCAACUGCAAUGUGUGCAAGACAAACGACGCCUGUAACGCCAUGAUGCCCGAGGGCGAGGGCGGUGUUUGCUAUCGCGAGGGUCUGGUGGUCAACGAAAACUACCAGAUUUGCGACAUCACCAACCGCAAGAUUCUGGACCAGCUCAAGGAGAAGAAGCCGCAGGCUACCUUCUCCUGCAACGCCGACCGCAAAGAGUGCAACUUCCAAUUCUGGGUCGACCAGAAGGAGUCCUUCUACUGCGCCCUCGACACGUGCACCUGGUCGUCCAAAGCCACCCCCAACCGUAAUUCGACUGCAUACCACUGCGAGAACAUCAAGUGCCGCUGCAUUCCCGGCCGCAUGCUGUGUGGCGAGGCAGAUUCGAUCGAUAUCGGUGACUUUUUGGAAGAAGAUAUCAAGGGUCCUGCUAGUUUCUCCUCCGUCUCGACUGAGGGUGGCAGUUCUUCAGACGGCAGCAAGUUCUCGGAGCCCGCCAUGAACGACCUCAUUUCGAACGUUUUCGGAGACGAUAGCAUCACCCUCAAGUGCCACUCUGGAGAGUGUCUCUACGUCACAGACGUCCCUGGCUAUGAAAGACCCGUCAAGAGGAUCAAUACACCGCUCAUCGCCGGCGUCAUCGCCGGUUGUGCUCUGUUCGUCGUCGCUGUCAUUUUGCUCGUCUGGUUCCUGUCUCGCAACAAGGCAAAGUAUGGUCCCAUCCAUCUUUCUGACGACGAGGAGGACUUGAACGCCGCCCUCCUGGCCGACCACAAGCCCGCUAGCCUUUAUUUCGAAAAUAUCUCGUACGCUCUCAAAGGCAAGCAGAUUCUCACAGACAUCCAGGGUGCCGUCCAUCCUGGUCAGCUCAUGGCCAUCAUGGGAGCUUCUGGUGCUGGCAAGACCACCUUCCUGGAUAUCCUUGCAAGAAAGAAUAAGCGUGGUACUGUUAUCGGCAACUUUUUAAUCAAUGGUGAAAAGGUCUCGGACAACGACUUCAGGAGUGUCAUCGGCUUUGUCGAUCAAGACGAUACUAUGCUGCCUACACUGACUGUCCACGAGACUAUUCUUGACAGCGCAAUGCUUCGUCUCCCUAAGGAGAUGAGCUACGCUUCCAAGUUGCAAAAGGCCGAGGACGUCGAAAGACAACUCGGCAUCUACCAUAUUCGCGACCAACUCAUCGGCUCGGAAGAAGGCAACGGUCGUGGUAUCUCUGGCGGUGAGAAGCGAAGAGUCGGUAUUGCCUGUGAGCUUGUCACCAGUCCCAGCAUCCUCUUCCUCGACGAGCCAACCAGCGGUCUCGACGCCUUCAACGCAUUCAACGUCGUGGAAUGUCUUGUACACCUUGUCAAGACUUACAACAGAACCGUCGUCUUUACCAUCCACCAACCUCGCUCCAACAUCGUUGCACUCUUCGACCAACUAGUCUUGCUCGCUAAAGGCAGGACCGUCUACUCUGGUCCUUUCGGAAAUUGCCAGGCCUACUUCGACAACAUUGGAUACUCUUGCCCUCCUGGUUUCAACAUCGCAGAUUACCUCGUUGAUCUGACUAUGCACGCUAGCACUGUUCAUCCUCAGAUCCCAGAAGACAGCUCCAUUUUCCGUCAAGAUAUUGGUCGCAGCACUCGUGCAAGCAGUGCGAUUGCCGUCAAGUCUGUCCCCAGUGUUUCAAACUUCAGUAUCGAGCAAGGAGGUUCUGUAACAUCAGAGUCUCCACUCAGGCCCAAGAAUAGUCGCACCGCCUCAAUCAAGCAGCAGCAAGACAGAGCACUCUUUACGAGAAAGCAGUCGUCUCGAGAGCCUCCUGCUACUGCAAGCACCAUUCGUUCCGACGCAUCUUCUCUGGAGAACAGCUUCGACAACACCCAACAGUGGUUGAAGAUGAGAGGAGUACAGCAAGCACAUGACGAUCCCAAUGGUCUUCCUCCCAAUGCCGAGGGUCCCUCAAGCACAGAUCUUGAUAACCUUGUACAAGCGUUCGCCGACUCUGAUGUCGCUGCUUCCCUCAGAGAUGAUAUUCACAACGCUGUCUCCGAAGCAGCACACUCCAACGGUCACGCCAACGGCGCAGCUAAUGGCAACUCUGCUCAGCCCACUGUCAAGGGUUAUCGCAAGACUGGCAUUCUUGGCCAGUUUGCCAUCCUGUCUAAACGCACCUGGCGCAAUCUGUACAGAAAUCCGCUGUUGAUGUUGACUCACUACGCUAUUGCUAUCCUGCUCGCUGUCUUCCUAGGAUUCCUAUUCUAUGGCUUGACCGAUGAUCUCAAGGGUUUCCAGAACCGUCUUGGUUUCUUCUUCUUCCUGCUUGCCCUGUUCGCCUUCAGCACCCUCACCUCCCUGACAGUCUUCGCUCCAGAACGUCUUUUGUUCGUAAGAGAGCGUGCCAAGGGAUACUAUUCUCCCUUGGCUUAUUACGCUUCCAAGGUUGUUUUCGACAUUGUUCCCCUCAGACUUAUUCCUCCUGUCAUCAUGGCCGUCAUUGUAUAUCCCAUGACCGGCCUUCUUCCGACCGCCGCCGAGUUCUGGAAGUUCAUGUUGUUCGUUGUCCUCUUCAACCUCGCUGCCGCCACAGUGUGCUUGUGCAUUGGCAUUGUUAUCAAAAACCAGGGGGUUGCAAACCUUGUUGGUGUCCUUGUCAUGUUGUUCAGCUUGCUCUUUGGCGGCUUCCUACUCAAUCACGAGACCAUCCCCAAGGGUCUUCGUUGGUUGCAAUCUAUUUCCAUCUUCCAUUACGGAUUUGAAGGACUGAUUGUCAACGAGGUCCGAUACCUCUCUCUUAUUGAUCACAAAUACGGUCUUGACAUCGAGGUCCCUGGCUCGGCCAUUCUUAGCUCUUUCGGCUUCGACGUCCUGGCGCUCUGGAAUGAUGCCGUUGGCCUUGCCGUGUUCUGCGGUGUAUUCUUAGUGUUAGGAUAUGUGGCUAUGCAUUUCUUGCUUGUCGAGAGAAGAUAG